ACAUUUGACUGGGCUGGUUCACACUUGAAGUGCUUUAUAUUGCACCGGCUACAGAGUUAAUAAUAAUGAAGCCUUUCUAAAGAAGUACUGCUUGGGUAUAUUGUUUCACAUAUCCCAUUUCCAACAUCUGUUUUUCAGUCUGAAGAGAUGUUAGAUUUGGUGGGCUGCAUCUGACAAAAGGCUGUGGUGAUAACGAGGGGUGGAAAGUCAGUGGACUGACUCUUCCUCUUACCAUAACAUUUUACUCACUCGUUUCCCUCUGGGAAGGAGCAGCAAAUAUCAGUGGCUCUUAAUGAAUGAGGUGGGGGAUGGGGAAAGAGCAAGGCUCAUUAUAUUUUACCUCUUUGCAGGAGGGAGAGAGCGGCUUAGCAGAUCUUCCUUCUCAGCCAGCAUCUUCCUCGUGCUGCUGGGAGUGUUUUCUCCGGGCGUGCGAUGGCCGGGCCCUGCUGGACGCUGGUGUUCGAGGCUCCUCCUGGAUGGCACAUAGUUGACACUGUAUGAGCACAGAAAGCAGCAAUGGGAGUAUGUGGUUUUCUACUGAAGAGGUCUCCCAAGAGCUCAUGAUUUUUUUCCAUCUCUCCUCUUAACAUUCCUCCUGCUCCACAGACAUGGCUCACCAUGCGAGGCCUUCCAGAUCAGCCAAAAAAGAUGAGUUAGGCAAAAGGAAAACUAACCAGAGCAAAAAGAAAUCUAGCCAAGUGAGAAAGAAAACCACAAAGACUUCCACAAAAGCCGUUAGUUCUGGAAAAGGUAAAAAGCCAGCGCAAGAAAAAGAUGUUAAGAAAAAACAGCAAGAAAAGAAACCAAUCAUGAGCUCUUCAGGGAGACUUCUCAGGAGCAGUGUAAGCAGAACCUUGUCUGGAGUGUCUUGGGUGAGUUUGGAGAAAGCUGACAAUAUCCUCUUUCACAGCCAGGAUUCUUUCAACAUCAAUGGCUUUACAAUGUCUCUCCGUAACCGAUCCUUCUCCCAAAGAUUGUCCCAAACUCCCAUAAUUGCAAAACCCAAGAAAGCUGCAGCACAAAAAAGGCUAGAAACAAAGGAAAAACAUGAACAAGAAGCCCUGGCAGUAGUAGAAGAGAAAAGCAAUGAAACAGGUGAAAUAGCUUUGAUACAAGAUUUAGCUCAAAAUGAUUUAGCUGCUCUGCCUGUAGAAGGCUGUCUGUGUAGUGAAGGCGAAGAACCUGUUAUCCCAUGUGCCAGUCAGGACAAGGAGGCAGAAAUAUCUGAAACAGAUGACUCCAUUCCAAACUGUCAGGUAACUGAUGAUGGUACGGGAGCUUCAGAGGUGAAGUCUAAGCAUGAAGACCUGCCCUGUGAGCAGAUACCCAGUGAUCUGGAUACAGGCAGUUUGGCUGAAGCGUUUGUCGAAGGCGCUGCGCUGGUGCUUCCAUCUUCUCCUUCUGACUCUGUAAUUGCCUCUGAAUCAAACUCGAAGGUGCAUGCAGAGACUCCCUUCAAUGUGGUGCCCAACAGUACAGAGCCUGACUUCAGCUCUGUUGAUACCUCAGACCUCAGCUCAGCAGUACUGAUCGAGUCGGUCACACUUGCCAAAUUCCACAUUGGAGCAGGGUUGGACAUGGUGCUACCUAGGGAAGAACAAGACUUGCAUUCCGCAUCUCUAGUUACCUCUGAGUUUAACUCACAAGAACAUUUAUUAGAAGAUGCAAGGUCACUUGCAGAUUCCUGCUUGAAGGCAGGCUGGGAUUUGAAAUCUGGGAAUAAAGACAUUGGUUCAAAUUCCAGUUCUGUAGCUGCCUCUGAAUCAAAUUUGCUUUUACGUUUUGGAGGUGCAAGCUCUCUUGCAGAAUACCCCAUGAAACUGCUUGUGGAUUUUGUACCCAUUCACAAAGAACUUGAUUCAAAUUCAGAUUUGAGCUUUACAAAAGAGAAUUCAGAAUUUGACACACAAAACAUAUUUACAGUAUGUGAACCAGUCUCCAAUACCUCUUUAAACAAUAUUGAAGUAGAGGACAUUGAACAGCUUGUUAAAUGUAUUGAUGCAGAGACAUUCAUUUUGAAUUCAGGCUAUGUCCCCACUUUAUCUUCAGAUUUAGAAAAAAGCACAGUUGAUAAAAUCUCUGCUGAAAGCUCUGGACAAUUCUCUGCAGGUUUUGUUUCAGAGUUGCCUUCAAGCAUGGAAAUCUCUGCUCUUGCCUCAGAAAAAGCCAUAAAUGCAGAUUUGCCAGCUGACUCAAGACUGCAGCAUAAUGAUUAUUCAUCACAGCUGGGAAGUGUCGGAGUAAGCUUGAAUUUGUUUCAGGACAACGUGAGCAACAGCACCGAAGCAGUAGAGGCCUCAGGGCUGUCCUCUCUUAAAAAUCCAGCUGGUGGUUACCCUGUUCCAUAUUCAUCUCUGCUCCCUAUGCUGGAGAAAAAGAAACGAAGGCGUUGUGGAGUCUGCGAGCCCUGUCUGCGGAAAACAAAUUGUGAGGAAUGCAGCUGUUGCAGGAAGCGCAAAACUAGUCACCGGAUAUGUAAAAAGAGAAAAUGUGAAGAACUGAAAAAGCCACCACCACCAGUCAUGCUACCUUUUGAGGUUCUAACAGAAAACAAAAGGCCUCAGAGGAGGAAGCAAAGAGUUUUAAAGGCAAAUUUAGAAAACAAAGCAGUAAAUGGCCGCAGACCAGAACUCAUGGAAUGCAGUAUAUGUGGUCAUGGUGAAAAAUACAGGGUGAAGACAAGCCAAGCAGUACCCAUUGAAAAUGUGCAGUCUAAGGAGAAAGAGAGAAUGACUGGCUUAGAAGCAGAGAAGUGGGCACAUAACGAGAAGCCAUCCUUCGGUGUCCACGUCAACGGCGACAUCCAUGGAGCUGUGACGGGCACGGAACACUUGAAACACGCUGACCACAGUGAAAGAGCAGCCUCUCCCAGUCAGUUCACUGAGCCAAAAAAAUCCUUGGUGCACACCAUCAAAAAUGGCAUUAAAACCCUGCAUUAUUCACCACCAGAAGCAGUUGCUUCACUGAAAAAUGUAUCUGCAGAGGAAAGGACAGAUUUGACAAGCAACUCCCACAUGCAAUGGCCGAAGGGUAGCAAUCUGAAUAAUGUAGUAAGCACUCUGAUGAGUGGCACUGGCUGUGUUCAUCCAGAAAACCAAGGGAAUGUUUUAAUGAAAGAGGAAAACUGCACCUGCAGCAUCUCUGAGUAUUCUGAUCAGUCAGUUUUGCAGACAGGUUCCAGCUUGGAUGUGCAGGAGAGCUUGUGUUGUCCUCCGCUGCCUGAAGAGGAGCUGCAGGCAGGGAAGGAUGGCUUUAAAGUACCAAAUGUGGAGACGCUGCCUGAGAAUUCUGCACUCCAGCCCACUUUCUUGUCCCUGAUUAAAACCAGAAAUUUAACUCUGGAGCAGGUUGUAGCUAUUGAAGCUUUAACACAGUUGUCUGAAGCUCCUUUAGAAACAACUUCACCAGCUAAAACUGAAAGUACUGCAUGUACAGGAGAAACAACUUCCAACUUGCUCCAUAGUUUUAAAAGGGAUAUCUCAUCCUCCUUUACAUCCUCUGCAUUGCAAGAAAUCAAAGACACUUACUUAGAGAAUGAACAACAGCUCUUGGCUCACUGCGCUCACUCGCAGAAGCAGCUCCCUAAUAAGGCAGUGUUAUACAAUGGCCAAAGUUCAGUGUCUGAAUUGUGUGAUAAACCUGCCAAUCCGGCUGGUGAGAUGUAUAAAUUACAGUUAUCCUCAAGAGAUACCAAAACUUUAUCUGACUUAACAUCUAAUGCAGCAUUUUCAGCAUAUGAUUCCAACAAAAGUUGUGCUCAUGAGCCAGUCACCCUUGCAGGGUAUUGCAAUGCUUCAUGUGAUGUCCAGCAAAUAAGGAACAACUUGGAAGCUCCUGGCCAGUUAGAACAAAAGCCAGCGUGUAAUGAUUCGAAAUUGGAAGGUAGUUCUUUGAUUAAAGAAGGAGGAAUUCACAGCCAGGAUGAAGAGGAUGUAGCUGCACAACUAACUCAACUGGCAGCACUGAUUGAAUCAAACCAGACGAAUCCAGAGCAGAAGAAUGAUAUAAAGGCAUCACUGCUUAAUCUAAUAUCACAUGAGAGGCAGCCAAAAUAUAACCAAGAUGUGUUGCAGAAAAAAGAAACCGUAUUUUUCAGGCAUAAUUAUAGUUCCUUACUGUUAAAGCAAAAACAAGCAACAAAUAAGAAAGGAAAUGCUGUGCCAUGGAAACCAAGACACAAAAAGAAGCCUCAAGAAGCACGCUAUCAACAAAAUAAUCAAAACCAGCUAGAGCUGUUGUCAUGCCAGCACAGUGAAUUGCAGGACAUUUGGAUAUCAUCAAAACUGCACAAGCUUGGUCAAACUGUGCCACAGGAUUCCAGGGUGGCUCCGUCUGAAAAGAAAUCUCCAAGAACCAAAGUACAGAGAGCACUCAGUCAAAAUACUUUAGCAUCACAAGAAAAAACGAGAUUAUUUCUCCCACAAGCACAGAUAAAAUUCCACAGGUGUUUACCUGAGGAGAAAAAAAAAGACAGGUUGUUUGGCUGUGAGGUGGUGAAUGAGCAAAUGAAAACUGUGGGCUUCAGUGACCCACUAGGCACUGAUGCAUUGAAAAAUGAAGUUGUUGCACGUAGCCAACACAGCGACCUGUCCUCCCGUAAUCCUCUGGCUGCUUCACAGCUGAAAACAGCAUCCUUGUUGAAAAGACCAACUGAAAACCUACAGAUGUUUACAGAAAAAUGUAAUUCUCAGGUACAGCAAACAGCAAAUGUCAGUCAGGCGCAUCCUUUGCCACCACCAACUUUUAACCAGUCUAACCUGAGAGCUAACGAAAUGUGUAGUGAAAACAAAGCCUCUGUUCAGCAGGUCAAACAACAGGUAGAUCCGAAGUCCCAGGUGCUGCCUGUUGCCUGUGGUGGGGCCCAGGUGCCAGGUGCUGCUGAAGCUCUCAGGAAUAUGGAGUGUGUGGGUGAGGUGACCGUUCUGACAUCAACCAGUUUGGGUACUGACCACGCCCAGAGCACAGGCGACUCAGGGUGUUCCCCAGCAAAAAACACGCUCAGCAGUUUCCUUGAAUCACCCAUGAAGUUUCUUGAUACCCCUACAAAAAAUUUAAUAGACACACCUACCAAAAAAGGACAAUCUGAAUUGCCAACUUGUGACUGUGUUGAGCAAAUUAUAGAGAAAGAUGAAGGCCCCUAUUACACUCACCUCGGGACAGGACCAAGUGUUGCUGCUGUGAGAGAAAUUAUGGAGAACAGGUAUGGAGCAAAAGGAAGCGCUGUAAGAAUAGAGGUAGUGGUUUAUACAGGAAAGGAAGGAAAAAGCUCUCAGGGGUGUCCAAUUGCCAAGUGGGUGAUCCGAAGAAGCAGCGAUGAGGAGAAGUUGCUGUGCUUGGUCCGUCAGCGCGCGGGGCACCACUGCCAGACGGCUGUGAUCGUCAUCCUGAUCCUGGCCUGGGAGGGGAUCCCGCACCUCCUGGCGGACACGCUCUACAAGGAGCUGACACAGAGCCUGCGCAAGUACGGCUGUCCCACCAGCCGGCGCUGCGCCCUCAACGAAGAUCGUACUUGUGCAUGUCAAGGACUUGACCCAGAAACUUGUGGAGCAUCAUUCUCAUUUGGCUGUUCAUGGAGUAUGUAUUUCAAUGGCUGUAAGUUUGCCAGGAGCAAAAACCCCAGGAAAUUUAGGCUUCUCACUGAUGACCCUAAACAAGAGGAACUUCUUGAAAAUAAUUUGCAAACGUUAGCGACUGAUGUGGCUCCGGUUUAUAAGAAACUCGCUCCAGAAGCUUUCCAGAACCAGGUGGAAAACGAGCACAUGGGCCCCGACUGCCGGCUGGGCUCCAAGGAUGGCCGGCCCUUCUCGGGUGUCACGGCGUGCAUCGAUUUCUGUGCCCACGCCCACAAGGACACACACAACAUGCACAACGGGAGCACUGUGCACAGUGGAAAAGGCUCCAUCAUUUCUGCAUGUGAGGUUCAAGAGGACACAGGCAGAUCAAAGAGACCCAGAAUAACAAUGAAGCUGUGUGGCUACAGAUGGAUGUCUGGAGGGAAUUGCAUUGAGUUCCUGGUGCAUUUGAAGUUUUAAAGAAGGGAAUAAUAAUAAUAAAGUUUCAUAAACAUGCAACUUUUACCAUGACAUAACUAAAUGGUAAUGGGUUUGAUCACCAAGCACAUUGGAAACCUAAACAAACCAUUUGGCCAACAUUUCUUUGGCCUUUGAGCAUCCUGGAUGAUUUAGCUGCCAGUUGUGGAAAAAGCACAGUAGCAGGAUAUGCAGUUUCAUGCCCUAAAUGGCCUUUAACAGACUUGAUGGUUUUCUCAUGUUAGCAUUUAAUUCUGGUCAGUUUGCAGCAGUGUCAGUACCAAUGGAAAAUAUUGCUUUUUCACUUCUCAGCAAUAGCUUCUAAGUUCCUUAAUGGAAUAUUUUGCACAGAUUUGAAUAUUGAAGUAUUUUUUUUAAGCAGGUAUUUCUCAUUUGGUGAAUUACCACCUUUAGCUGUAAGUUUUUAGGUUAUCUAUACAGCCUUAAUUUAUGGCUGGUUUUCCCAUAUCAUUAUUUUCAGUUAUCUGUUUGCCAUAGUGCCCUCACUUUUAUGUUAAAAUACAUUAAGGGGGCAGUGACUGUGGAAGUAUACAUGUAUUAAAACUGGUGUUGGUAUUUAGGCUGUAGAUGUACUGGUCAUCAGAUCUGGAUACAAUUUUGGCUACACAUUAAUUUCCUAAUAUGUAUUCAAACUCAGUAUUUAACAUACAGGGUGUGCUGGAGUUGGCAUUACUUCAACCAUAGUUCUGGCAAUAUACUACAGCCCUCAUCUUGUUUACUUCCUCAAAACCAGGUCAUCUUUCUUGUUCUAGAGGGUGUUGGCUUUUGCAUGGAAAUUUAUAAAUGUAAAUUGGAUGAGGUUCUCAGUUUUCAAAAUAAUAAAUAUUGUGGAUUGAAUCCUCAAGACUUCUUUCAGAUGAGGCUAGACAUGGUAUUCUAAAAGAUCAGUGCCCAGUUUCUGAUGAAAAUGAGUGGGAGCCAGGCCCCUCCAUGAUGGCUUCAUUCCUGCUUUUGGUUAUAAUUUAGAAGGGGAGAAUGCACCAGGCUGAGAACAUCACUCAUAUAUAAUUGUGCUCUCUAUAUGUCUGACCUUCUCUCACCCUUCCUCAAUAAUUUGGCAUUUGCUGGCCAUUUUCAACGGGAUGUCACAGAACUUGGCAGAAACUGAAUUGUCUUUGGAGGUUUUUUAACCUCUUGCUGUGGGUUGUGAAAUGUCCCUGUUGAGUGAGGGGAGCCUGGGUCCAGGAGAAGGUGGCCCCAAGCCUGAGGCAGGCCCUGUUUCCCCUGGCCAGCAGGGGUGGGAGCAGGGAUCCCUGCUGGGCUGGGGGGCUGGAGAAGCUCACAGGAAGCACGGUGCCAGUCGCUGCUCAUGGAACAUCUUGUUGUUUUUCCUAAAUGUGCCUGGCAGUGCAGAGGCUGCCCAGAGGAGGUGAGUACGCAUGGAGCCGGCACCUGAGUGAGCGCCACAAAGCUGCUGCUCACUGCCCUAAAGCCCCCUCUCCAUCCCUUCCAGCUGCCUCCUGAAAAGCUCCUCCUUGUCUCUGCCCCUCGGAUUUCCUCCUUUUGCUGCUCUGCAACUGCCAAGCUUUGCAUAGAGCUAUUGAUAAAGCCUAAGCCACCACUUUUUUUUGGUUCAGGAUUUUUUAGUUUGUGGCUCUGUAAUUUUUACUUUUCUAGAAAUAAUUGUGUGACACUUUUAUGCAAAAGCUGUGCUAUAAAUGAAAAAUGUUUGAGUUUUUUUCACCCCGUAAAUAAUAGCAUUCUUCUCCCCUGGAAUGUUAAGCAUAGUGACAAGAUUCUGGGACAUUGGACUGGCUGUUUAUGAUAGGUGUCAGAUUCAGCCUACAGAAUGAUGGAAUGAUAACACUUCCAUUUAGGGAGUAUCAUCUCAUCCUUGGAUGGUGCUCCUAUUCCUUUAUGUGUGUAGUUAGUAACUCCUGUGGAACAGCAGCUUCCCUGAGCCAUGCUCUCAAUGCCUGGCUUUCUAACCAUGUAGCAGCCCCUUGGGAAUGGAAUUGACAGACCUGCAGGAGGGUGGAUGUCUGUACAGGUGCUCAGGCACAAGGAGCUGUUGCUGUCCCUUGGGAAUGGCACCAAGGAUCACAGCAGGGAAAAAAACCCUGCUUUCAGCGGGAAGUUAGGGUUAGUAACAGCUGGAACUCAAGGAGUGCUGGAAAUGUUCAGCAUUUAUAAUGACAAUAGGAAAACAAUUGCAAUAGGUUGGGAUAUAUGUAUUCACAUUUCUGAUGUGCUCUCAUCAAACCCGAUAUAACCAGCACUCUCCUCUGGGCUCCAGGAUCUCACAACACAGAAUAAGAGGAAGUAGGGCAGUGGCCUAAGAGAACAUUUCCUGGGUCCUGCGAGUUAAUUACAGCGGGCUGUUAAUUUAAGAAAGUAUUGAGAGAGGGAGAGAGAGCUGAGAUUUGCAAAACAUAUAAACAUAUAAAACAUACAGAGCAGUGUGAGUAACUGCUUGUGAUGGUUUGGGUUUUUUUUUUCAUUUACCAACCAAAACAAAAACCAAAACCAAUUCUAAAUCAUAGAAUAAAUUGCAGAUCAUAAACGCUUCUUGUUUAAUGCAAAAAUUAAUUUUCAUCUUUUGUAAUAUUUAAAAAUUAAUCUGAACAUCAAAUAUGUAUUUAUAUAUUAAAAUAAUAAUCACUUAGGAACUUUGCAGUAUAUUUACCAAGGUUGGCAUAUAUUUGUGGAUACUGUAAGCUGAGACAAAAUUUCUCUUUGCCAUCCAAGGUGUGUGCCUUAACCUUAAAGUACUGAUAGUUUCUCUGUGUCAUGGUAGAUCAAACACAUGUGAUUGUGUGUGAGAUGUUUGCAUUAGAAAGCCCCACAGUGUUGAGGCCACAGAAUCCGAGUGAGCAGUGAAGCCUGGGAUGGCUGCCUGAGCCUUUAUGUAACUGGUGUUUGGUGUGUGUGGUUUAUUUGUAACUGGCUCUGCUCC